GGUCAACGAUGUCAUCCUGAGAGUUAACGAGGCGGACGUUCGCGACGUGACCCACAGCCGAGCCGUGGAGGCGCUGAAGGAGGCCGGCUCGCUGGUCCGACUCUACGUCCGCCGGAGGAAACCCGUCUCCGAGAAAGUGAUGGAGAUCAAACUGGUGAAAGGACCCAAAGGUCUUGGCUUCAGUAUAGCAGGCGGAGUUGGGAACCAGCACAUCCCGGGUGAUAACAGCAUCUACGUCACCAAGAUCAUAGAGGGAGGAGCUGCACAUAAAGAUGGGAGGCUGCAGAUCGGAGACAAACUGCUGGCUGUGAACAACGCUUGCCUGGAGGAGGUGACUCACGAACAUGCCGUCACUGCCUUGAAAAACACUCCUGACGUGGUCUACUUGAAAGUGGCUAAACCCAACAGUGUCUUCAUGAACGACAGCUUCGCCCCGCCCGACCUCACCAACUCGUACUCCCAGCACAUGGAGAACCAUAUCAGCCCCCCUCCCUUCUUGGGUCAGCCCCUCCCCCCGCCAGCUUCAUCGGGACGCUACUCCCCGACCCCGAAGAGCAUGCUGGGAGACGAUGACGUCACCCGGGAGCCGAGGAAGGUGGUGCUGCACAGAGGAGCGACAGGCCUGGGCUUCAACAUCGUGGGCGGAGAGGACGGAGAGGGCAUCUUCAUCUCCUUCAUCCUCGCCGGAGGCCCGGCCGACCUCUGUGGCGAGCUGAGGAAAGGAGACCGGCUCGUCUCUGUGAACGGGGUGGACCUCCGUAACGCCACCCACGAACAGGCAGCCGCCGCCCUGAAGAACGCCGGGCAGACGGUGACCAUCAUCGCCCACUACAGACCAGAGGAGUACAGUCGGUUCGAGGCCAAGAUCCACGACCUGAGAGAGCAGAUGAUGAACAGCAGCAUCAGCUCAGGGUCGGGGUCUCUGCGGACCAAUCAGAAGAGGUCGCUCUACGUCAGAGCCCUGUUUGACUACGAUAAGACCAGAGACUCGGGUCUGCCCAGUCAGGGACUCAACUUCAAGUUCGGAGACAUCCUCCACGUGGUGAAUGCCUCGGACGACGAGUGGUGGCAGGCCAGACAGCUGACCCCCCAGGGGGAGGCAGAGGAGGUGGGGGUGAUCCCCAGCAAGAGACGGGUGGAGAAGAAGGA